GUUCGCAAAAGAGGACGUAGUCGUUGUCGACGUUGACGAUAGCGACUGGAAAACAAGGAAGAGAAAGAGAGAGAAAGAGAGAGAGAGAGAGAGAGAAACUAUGUGGGUAGGGUAAAGGUAAAGUCGGUGGGAUAUCAGUCCAGUUCAGGCGCAGGAGUUCUCGGUUAAGGACGACAGUCCUGCCCAAUCGGGACAUUAUGCCAGGCGGCGAGGGGUCCCCGAUCAAACUCCUCGACCACCACGGAACAACGUCGACAACCCCCAGCGGUAAAACGUCGGCUCAGUGUCCGAAGAGCGAUGACGAGGCUGAAAUCACGAGUGGGAACGCGACUACUACCGAAAAGGACGCGAGUGCAUCCUCGACGAUGACGACUGUCCCGGCCGGUGAGGGACUUAGACGGAGGAAGGUCAUACACGCGGCUAAAGAAACAUUAGACAAGGCAUCACGUUUAUUAAGACGUAAGAUACCAUGUACUGGCCACUUGAUGACCCCCCGCCGCCUAUGGAUACAAAAAGUACCAACUCAGAAAUGCGACGUCGUGAUGAUGUUUCCGAAUGGUGCAAGCGACGAAACUUUAAUGUGGCUUUUAGGUCGACUUCGGGCUGGAACCCCUGGCCUAGUGGUUCACGUCAGGCAUCAUGCCUCCUCGGAUAGUUACGGAUUUUACUUAACUGCACCUUUUAGCGUUUUGUUGAAAGCUGCAGAGGAAGUACACUUGCCAAAGGCUCUACGCCAAGAAUAUGGCGGAGGAUUGAAGGAAUUCGUAGGUUCGGAAGCGAGCUGCUUCGAAGGAAGCGACGACGAAGCUCAUUUUUUUACUACUCAAGAAAGACAGUCCCUGGUAUUACACUUACUUCAUACGUUAAGAGCAGGUCCGCAGGAUCUCCACAGUUUAUCAGGAUUAAAACUAGUGGAAGGACAAGCCAUAAUUCCAAAGUGUAUCUCGGCAAGCAUUAUCUCACAGGUCUUCCCAUUACAUGAACUACCGGCACUAGAACAAUUACGAAAGACGUGGGUUCGUGCAUUUUUUAGUCCCCAACCAUUGGACGAAAUUUGUAAAUAUUUUGGAGUGAAAAUCAGCAUGUAUUUCGCAUGGCUCGGACACUACACCACCGCUUUGAUCGUUCCCGCUGCUGUGGGUGUCAUAUACUGGGUCGGCAUCAUCGGUAGGAACCAAGCGGUGGAGGACGUGGCAUACGUGCUUUUCUCAGUCUUCAAUGUGAUUUGGGCGACAGUUUACCUGGAAACUUGGAAACGAAGAGGAGCUGAAUUGGCCUACAGAUGGGGUACAUUGGAUCAAAGAGAUGAUUUAUUGGUCGAACCUAGACCUCUCUUUACGGGGACUUUAGAAAUAUCACCUGUCACGGGAAGAUUGGAACCAACUUAUCCAAGAUGGCGAAGGAAUGUUUUCCGAUAUUUUGUCAGCGUACCCAUCAUCGCCGCUUGUCUAUUUUUCGUCUUCGUUGUCAUGAUCCUGAGCUUCCAAAUACAGGAUUGGUGGGAUGCACGUCUUGAAGCCGGAGGUUACGGAUUUUGGUUGAGUUACGUGCCAAAAGUAUUACUGGCCGUUGUAAUCGCUUUAAUGGAUGAAGCGUACUUCAAAGUCGCAGUCUGGUUGAAUGAUUUGGAAAACUAUCGACUAGACACCGAGUACGAGAAUCAUCUGAUCUACAAGGUGGCACUGUUUCAGUUCGUAAACUCCUUCCUAUCGUUAUUUUACAUCGCCUUCUAUCUUCAAGACCAAGAAAGACUCAAGGAGCAACUGGCCGCGUUACUAAUAGCUCGGCAAGUGAUUGGAAAUCUUAAAGAAUCCGCAAUACCAUAUCUGAUAGAGCAACUACGGCUAGCGCAAUUGAGUUUCGAGCUUUUCGGGGCUCUGAGUCCAAGCGAAGCAAGAUUACCACCUGGUAAGGACGAGGAGGACGAAAAAAUAAAGAAUUCCGAUGAGAAGGAUGAACGAGCAGAAAGUGGAAAGACGAAACAACCGAGGAACGUUAGCCAAGCUGAGUUGGAGAGUUCUCUCUACAGAGUAGGACACACCACUAAUUCUCUUCUUAGUGACGUUACUUUGAAGUACGAUCGAGCAUUUUCUGAACAUCUGGAAAUGCUCUCACAAUUAGGAUACGUGUGUCUCUUCUCGUCAGCGUUUCCUUUAGCUGCCGUAGCAGCAUUACUUGGUAACCUGAUCGAAUUACGAGGAGACGCAUUUAAAUUGUGUUACGUGCUUCAACGACCUUUCGGGCGUAGAGUUUCUAAUAUCGGCACUUGGCAGAACGCUAUGGAAGCUAUGGGAUUUGUCGCAAUUUUAGUUAAUUGCGCGUUAAUCGGUAGAAGCGGACAAGUACAACGUAUGUUUCCAGAGAUGUCAGCGACGCAAACAAUUUUGUUGAUAGUCGCUCUGGAACACAUUAUGUUGGCAAUCAGAUUUAUCAUCACCUGUGCCAUACCUGAUAUACCACAUUGGGUUGCCACGGAAAUGGCUAAAGUUGAAUUCUUAAGAAGAGAGGCAGUGAGAAGAUUGUCUUCGACACCGUCACCUGAACAACAACCAUCUACUAUUAUAGGGAGAUUCGUGGUGAGUCCAGCAGACGGAGAAACCGAAGAGCAAAACCUGUUGGACGAACGUACCGGAGAGACCUCGCUGCCCAGCCAACCAGAUACACCUACUUUAGCUUCAACAACCCAAACACCGAGCAGACCAUCUACUCCAAGUGCCGCUUCCAUACCGAGAAUCGCAGAGACACCAUCGCUUACAGCCGAAACACCCGGUAGUAUUGGAAGUAGCAGCGAGAUCAGCAAUUCUUUCCUUUCGGAAAAUAAUAUUGGCAGUAGUCGAGAUAUUCAUAAUACACCGAGAUGCUCCAUACCUGGAGGAGAGAGAGGCCGACGAUCAAGGGAGUGGAUAAACAACGAACCAGAAUCAUCGAACACAGGAGAUCACUACAGUCAUCAUUUAACGAUCGGUCCUCACGGAGGUGUCGAUUGGGUACGCAAAUUAGGCUUGGAACCAGGUGGACGAAAAUCGAGCGAUUCCGAAAUAAGUGGGGUUGGCUCUGUAGCCGGAACUGCUGACGAAUUAACUCUCCACAGAUCAACCGAUUGCAUCGUUUCAAAGGAUUUAGCUUCGUCCUCGGACAGUGAUCUAUUAAAGUCUGCACCACCAUGGGUGAUAACUCAUAGAAAUCCAAAGUUCCGUUUCUCGCCGGAGAAAGAGAAAGAACGAGAAAAGAUCGAGAAACAGCAAUAUUAUCAGCAUCAUCAGCAAAGAGAAACAACACACGAACAUCGUGAUCGACAAGCGUACGUUCCCGAAAAAGAAAAGGAUUCGGGUGUAGGUGGUCUGUCAGAUUCGAGCAAGACAAUUUCCAGCCAAGAGGAAGAGAAACCAAGUAGGGAGGAUCGGGAAGCAAAGAAAACGAGAGUUAAACAGAGUCUUAUGAAGAGGGCACGCUCUGUCGCUAUUUUCUCAUUGAAAUUAAAGGAACGAAGAGCAAGAGAGGCUGAACUUAAAGCUAAGGAAGCAGAAAGGGAAGCUAGAUGGCAACAACCUCAGUCAUGCGUCGGUGGUGAAUUGUCUUGCAUUCCCAUAGAAAAGCUUAUAUCUGUGGACGACAUCGCAGCCAUGGAGAUACGCAGAAUGAAUCAUUAAAGAACACGCUUCGGAAACUUCGAAUUUUGUUUUACCGCUAAUAAGUAGAAUUAUUCGUGUACGCGAUCGCGAUACAUAAGAGAAAAAAUAUAAAAGAUAAGAUAACAGAAAGAGAAAGAGAAAGAAAGAGAAAGAGAGAGAGAGAAUGAGAUUAAGCACGUUUUUGUGUUGUUGUACAAAAAAUACCGAUGGAUUCUGAAGAAAAAAUUGUUUCAACGAUGAUGAUAGUGAUUGGUAAUAAAAUGAGAGAUUGAAUGAAAGGAAGAAAAAGAGAAAGAAAAUGAGAAAGAGAAAGAGAAUAUGAGAAAGAGAAUACGAGAAUGGAACAAAGGAACGUCGCACAAAAUAACGAAUCUGCGCGAGAUUACGGAACACCGUUCCAGUAGAGACGUCCAUAGAAAACAAAUCCUACACCACAUACCAUUCUUAGAGAUUCACGUUUUAACAUAGAUCAUAGUCUCUUUGCAAAGUUAAUAGAGAGAAAUAUCUCGUUAAGCUGUAAACGUCCUGCUAGUGCCGUCAUUUUUGCUGUAAGUCCACGAGCGAGUAAUAAACUAACUAUUGACUUCUUUGUAACGUCGAUUUAUCUACGUUAACGCGUUUAUCCUACUUCUUUCCAAGUUAACAAAUUUGUCCUUCUAUUAAAAAUUGACCUGCUGAGAAAGAGGAAAAAUAAUAAAAAUAAAUAUACGAUGCGUAAAAGAGUAAAACUAACGUCAAUCAGGCGUAAUGCGUUACAAAGAAGCCCUUACCGCCACGAAAUUGUGGAAUACUUAAGAUAAGCUAAAACAUAAAAUACAUAUAUAUAUUAUAUAAUAAUAAUAUUAUAUAAUAUAUAUAUAUAUAUAUAUACAAUAAUAUUUAGAUAUUUGUAAAGUACAUGCCAGAUAGCUGACACGUUGGUAGCGAAAUUCCGAUUGGAAGAUCACCGAAGGUGAAAUUGUUAUUGUUGCUGAAAUAUAAGUUGUUACUUACUGUUAACUAGACGUUGACGGGUAAACCGUUCAACGAGCGUUCGCUAAGUAAAUUUCUAACAGAAAGCUAUAUCGUAUAAUGCACACACGCAUGAGAGGUUAAGGGAAAACAAAAAGAAGGUAAACGUGCUACAGGUCGCACCGUACUUAGUACGCGAGCGUCUAUUUCCGUUUUCCUGGAAUUUUUCGAAAAAAUCGAAAUGCUUCUAUUUUCAUUAACGUUGAUGUUAACAAUUUCUUACUUGAUGAAGAUUAUAAUAUUUUUUUUAAUACAUCGAGUUUUAAUGCGACGAAUUUUCAGGCUCGAUUCUAUUUGUAUAUAAUCGAAUUGCGCGACGAAGAAAUAUCAAACCACGAACUUAUGAAAUUAAUUAUAUAUGGCCUAGCACGCGCCUUCUCCCCUCUCGCCGUUCCUCCCCUGGCAGACCUCUUGUCCUCUGAUUACAAAUAUUUUUUAUUUUGCAUAGCGUUAAAGUAUUUAAUUCCACGUUUUAUUACGAACUUUUAAGAUCGACGAUUACGAAAGAUCAAUGCGUCAUUUAAAAACAUAUAUAUAAUAUAUACAAGCGCAUUCACACUUACAUCAACAAACACACAUACUUACAUACAACAUACUUAUAUACAACAUACUUACAUACAAACAUAUUCACACUCCUUCACAAAUAUACAUGCAUACAACACACUCACGCUCAUAUACUACAUACAUAUUUAUAUACACAAAUACAAUCAACAAGCGCGAGUUAUCUUUUUAGCAUAUCCAACGAGAAAAGUGACAAAAGAUUCGUUCGAUAAAUGCAAAGUCGAUAGAUUAGUUGCUUCCGUAAAAGAAAAACUUUAAAAGCACUUCAGCGACAAGCAUCUGUGUUUGUUAGAUGUUUUGUAUAAAACAGGAACCGAGCAAAUAAAAAAUAUUCUAUAAA